UACAGUGCCUGGCCCACAACAUUCAAGAGAUGUAUCACUUUUUUUUUCUUAAUUCUAAAAUUGUCAUAGACUUUGCAGACAGAUAUGUUCUUGAGCCUACAGUUCCGGAUCUGCAGUUAGAGACUGCAUCAUCUGCUAUCAAAGGUGCUAUUCAGCUGGGGAUAGGAUACACCGUGGGUAAUCUCACUUCCAAGCCGGAUAGAGAUGUUCUCAUGCAAGACUUUUACGUGGUGGAAAGUGUGUUCCUACCCAGUGAAGGGAGCAAUCUGACCCCAGCACAUCAUUACCCAGACUUCAGGUUUAAGACCUAUGCUCCACUGGCGUUCCGAUAUUUCAGAGAACUUUUUGGUAUCAAGCCUGAUGAUUACUUGUAUUCCAUCUGUAGUGAACCUCUAAUAGAGCUGUCCAACCCCGGAGCCAGUGGAUCCUUGUUUUUUGUGACCAGCGAUGAUGAAUUUAUCAUCAAAACCGUACAGCAUAAAGAAGCUGAGUUCCUUCAGAAGCUACUGCCAGGCUAUUACAUGAAUUUGAACCAGAAUCCAAGGACUCUUUUGCCAAAAUUUUACGGACUGUACUGCAUGCAAUCGGGGGGCAUUAACAUCAGGAUCGUGGUAAUGAACAACGUCUUACCGCGCUCCAUGAGAAUGCACUUCACGUAUGACCUGAAAGGCUCCACGUACAAGCGAAGAGCUUCCCGAAAAGAGAGGGAGAAAUCCAACCCCACCUUCAAGGACUUGGAUUUCCUGCAGGACAUGCACGAAGGGUUAUAUUUUGACACAGAAACUUACAACGCGCUCAUGAAAACACUUCAGAGAGACUGCCGGGUGCUAGAAAGCUUCAAAAUCAUGGACUACAGCCUUUUGCUGGGAAUCCACAUCUUGGACCAUUCCCUCAAAGAGAAAGAAGAGGAGAACCCACAAAACGUGCCUGAUGCUAAACGGUCGGGGAUGCAGAAGGUCCUCUAUUCGACAGCAAUGGAAUCCAUCCAGGGUCCAGGGAAACCAGGAGACGGGAUCAUCACAGAGAACCCGGACACAAUGGGAGGCAUUCCAGCUAAAAGCCAUAAGGGAGAAAAACUACUUUUGUUUAUGGGCAUUAUUGACAUUCUGCAAUCAUAUAGGUUAAUGAAGAAGUUAGAACAUUCCUGGAAAGCGCUUGUUUAUGAUGGGGAUACUGUUUCAGUUCAUCGACCAAGCUUUUAUGCUGACAGAUUUCUAAAGUUUAUGAAUUCCAGAGUUUUCAAGAAAAUUCAAGCUUUGAAGGCCUCACCUUCUAAAAAACGGUGCAACUCCAUCGCUGCCCUGAAGGCAACCUCCCAAGAGAUCGUGUCCUCAAUUAGCCAGGAAUGGAAGGGUGAGAAGCGGGAUCUGCUGACCGAGGGGCAGAGUUUCAGCAGCCUUGACGAGGAAGCCCUGGGAUCCCGACACAGGCCCGACCUGGUGCCUAGCACUCCUUCACUCUUUGAAGCUGCUUCCUUGGCAACCACGAUUUCUUCUUCUUCCUUAUAUGUCAAUGAACAUUGUCCACACGACAGGACUACGCUCUAUUCAAACAGUAAAGGGUUACCUUCCAGUUCAACAUUUACCUUGGAAGAGGGGACCAUCUACCUGACUUCGGAGUCCAAUGCUCUGGAAAUGCAGGAUGAUAAUGCCUCUGUGCUGGAUGUCUAUUUAGCCCUUUCAGUUCCGAAAGGAUACAGCUCCUGGGCCACUCUUUGCAGUUUGCCUCCACACUCUGAAAGAGUGAAUGGAAAAGAUACAAAGACCUUUUUUCGUCUUCCUCUGGACCUCUCUAGAAUCCUCGUAAUCAAAGGCAUCCUUACUUGAAGGGCAUUUGGAGGCUUUGGUGGUGACAUUGUUUUCAGCGUUUAACCAGACAGAGGCAGGUUUCUCUCAUGCUCCUCCUUUAGGAUACAGUGUUUCUCUACAGAUAGAUACAACCUAAUCCCCUGGUGCUAUUAUUUGUCUAUUAAUAUAUACUACUGUGUAGAACCCUUUAAAAAUAGGAUUUGAAACCACAUCAUGUAUGCACACCGGGUAACCUAUGAAAUUCCUUUUAAGGAUCCACCCACAUUAUACACUUGUCAGUUCAGCCAGCUAUCCUGCUUUCCGCUGUGAUCUGACAUGAAAUUGAAAGCAUAGUUUACCUGGAAAGGCAGCUAAUUGUCCCAUCACCCUCACUAAAGCAUUGGGUUCAGGUUCCUGCGUUCCUUUGAAAAAGACCAUUGACCUUCACUCCAAAGAGUUCCAGGCUCUCUGCUUCAUUUGCAAAUAUUCAAGUCAAGGGAGUUGUUUUUCAGGAGGGUUUUAUGCAGUGACCAAAGAUGCGUCUGCCAUUGAAUUUUGAGUUGAUGGCACAGAUGAGGGUAUUUAAAAGAAUACAACAGCGAUGAACAGGCUCUGUUGAUUGAAAAUGGGCAAUCAUGCCGUCUUCAUAAUAGAACUAGAUUCCACUUUUUGAAUAGUCUCACAUAUUCUAAGGCACUGACGCUGUCCCCGUAGCGGUUAUUUCACGUCCUAAGGCAGCUUCUUUGCUUGAUGUAGAAUGCAAUUUAAGGAGAAGGGGAACAACCAACCAAACGCUGCUGAAAAAUGUUAUGGGUCUGACUAGCUGAGCAGGGAUGGGUCCGUGGGGGAUCAUGGGAUUGCUUUAAGAACACAGAAGUUUGAAAGAUGCCACUAAACAAUGACUUUCUUCUUUUUAGCAGAAGUUUGAAAGAUUUCUCUUUAGUCUCCAGGUUCUACCCUUUUCUUUUUCACACUUUCCCUAUUAACAUCCUCUCAAUAAUAUGUGCUUUCAUCCAGAGAGGUGUCUCUGCAAGAUGGCUGUUUGAGGUGUAAAAAUAGCUGUGGGCAGAGGACAAGAAACAGUUAAGCCAUUUCUUAGCCUUGCCUGGAUUGGAGAUUAAUGCUCUGAUGUGCAGCUGUUGGACAGCUUGAUUAUUUAAUGUGUCUUUAGGGUGGCUAAUAAUACUCUUUGAUCACAGGACGAAGAGUGGCAGAGAAGUGAAAAUGAUUGAAUUAACAGCUUAUCGUAGCAUUAUGUAUCAGAAAAGCCUGACCAAAAAAGAAGAAAAACACUUUAAAUUAGGUCACGGGGGUCUUAGAAAAUCCACUGGAACUUUCUGGCAAGAGAAACAGCAUUUGUGGAUUUCGCUUCACUGGCAUUGAGCUUAAAGACUUGUAUGCGGAGUAUCAGGUCCCUUUAAUCACUCCCAUUUGAGCCAGACUGGCUGCCGCAAGGGGUGUUUAUUUGAAACGGGGGCAAUUCUAUUGCUUCUCAGCAGAGAGCUAGAAUCCCCAUCUGCCAAAGAGGCUGCUUGGGAUCUUGGUAGAUUUUAGUGAGAGCAGAGGAGGAGGAUGAGGAGGAAGCCAGUGCCCUUGGCUUGUAAGGCAUUUAACCAGAAUGCAGUUUCCUUCGGCCAUAUGACCACAUUGGGAAGAAAUGGAGAGAUUUCAGCAAGAGCAAAGUAGCUCCCUUUGUUUAUUCCCAGAAAUGCUUGGCCCCCUUACGUCACUGACCAAAGAAUACUUGUAAGACGUGCAGAAGAACGGACAAAAUGGAUUCCCAGCUCCUAGACCUAUGGCAACUGUGAGCGAUUCCCAUACUGACACAGUUUUCAAAUUAACGAGGCAACCCAUUGGU